AUGCAGGUGAAUCGACUGUCCAUUCCAAGCUGUGUUGAUCAAGUCCGCAGGAUAUCGGACAAUCAAAGCUUACCAGCCGCUCAAGGAUCACAGCAAUACAAGUGUGCUGACUUUCAAGGUUGCUCGCCUUCUAGAAGGCAGACUGGGGCGUCGCUUCGGCUUGUCAUGGUUGCAGCGCUGCGCCUCAUGCAACGCAAUCUCUGUCUCAGAGACUCAACGCAUCAGGUCAAAAAAGCCUCCUUUGAGGGACAAUACAACAUUGGGGUGUGCUUGCCAUGUCACUAUGGCCCACUCCUAAAAGAUAGCAUUUCGGAAGGGGAAAAAACCAGAAUCAAGACCUCAUGUGCCUGUGGCUAG